UCCAGUUCUUGGAUCUUGGUUGCAAAUAUUGGUUUAGAGACAUAGAGUUCACUGAUUUGCGGUGCUUGUGCUUCUAGUAGCAACUGCAAGUUUGAAAGAGUCUAUUCUGUCAUGAAUUGUGUGGGCAAACUUUUUUCUUCCUCUGUUAGUAUAGCUACUAAUUCAAUUCAAUUUUGCUCACGUCAAGCGUAUUCGAUUUGCAGCAAGAAACCAUGGAGACUUUGGAACCGGAAGAAAGCAUAGAUUCGCAUGAAGAAACCAUGAAUUCACAGAAUCUGCAAGACAAAGAAAGCGUGAAUUUGCAAGAAGGAACCAUGAAUUCACAGAAUCAGCAAGACAAUCUGGGAAGGCCACCGCGUUGCGCACCACAUGCAAUCUCUGAAUUAGGCAUACUUCUGUCAGAAACUGCAAGGGAAUUUGUCAAAAGUGCUGGGUUUCAUAAUAUGCUGAGGGAAUUUCCAUCGAAGAUUCCAAAAUUAACAUUUGUUAUGUGGCUUAUGGACAGAGUCCAAUUUGAUGAGAGUGGUAACAUUGCACUGACCCUAAAAGAGGGAAUGACACGAACCCUAACAAAGGAAGAUGUAUAUCUUAUUCUUGGAAUUGGCAAGACGCCUGGUGAAAGAACUGAUCUUCCAUCAGGGAAUCAAGAAUACCCAGCUAUACUAAAAAAACUGCAUGAGAUUUUGAGUUAUGCUAGUAGGAAGCUGGCAGAGAAGGGCGCCAAGAAAUCAAGAAAGGCCGCCAACAAAUCAAGAGUUUUAUUCACCAAACAGUGUAUUAAGGAGGUGCUUCAGAAUGCAGGCGACGAUGAAAUCAAAAAACACUUUGACGAUGAAAUGGCUGCCAAGUUAUUUUGCUUUGUAGUGUUAGACAAGUUGCUGAUUUCACCGGGCUUCAGUACUGUACCUAAAUCCCUUUUAGAUGCCGUCCUAAAUCUUGAUGAGUUGAAGAAAGUGGACUGGUCCACUUUAGUCUUCAACAAACUGAAGGAAAGCAUUGUUGACUGGAAAACGGGCAGUAGGAAUCUCACGGGUUGUAUUUACCUGCUGAUAGUGUUUUUUUUGGACAACAUCAAGAAUGAAUUGCACCAGGAUCCCAAGCCCUUUCUGAUCCCAAGACUCAGUCGAACGGAGGAACAGACUUGA